UCGUACAGUCUCAUCUAUGUUGUUUUAUCUUGAAAGGCACCGCCGGAAACAUUCGUAUGUACUUUGUUGCAUUUGACACACUUGAGUUGAGGAGGAGUCCGUUUCUUCCCAAGUUUUGGAAAUACUUGUCGAGGUCAAACAGCUGCGGUUAUCAUGCUUUUUUGGUCGCAUAGGCAUCUUUAAAGACCGUCCAUAGUUUUUCUUGAAGUAAUAACAUAAUGUGCGUCAGAAACGCAUCUCUACUUAUUGUUUCUCAGGGAAAAGCCAUGGAAAUGUUUUCAUUUCAACCGCGGCGACAUCAGAAAUGCAGUCAGUUAGCUAACGGCUCUCCUCGGUGAGAGCAGCACACCAAAUAGAUGCUUCAGGUACAUUUUAUCGCGGAGAGGGUCACAAUAUGGUCUUUUUUCAUGACUAUCCAGGUUUCAUGUUGGUUUCCAACUCCUCUGUAUUCCCGUUGGUGUCAUGAUGUCAUCGGCACACGUGAAACGCGUGCCGGUGUGUUGGAGUACGGGGCUGGAUAUUGUAAUGGUAACGUUACCUCUCAGGCUGCGUCUUGGUACACGACACCACCAUCACAUCCUGUUUCGGAGAACCGUGGGUGUCAGAGCCUCUCUAGUAUCCAUGUAACUCAACAUGACCCUGGUGGGAAAUCAGAAGAGCUGAUGCUGCUUAAAAUGGAUGGUACAAUGGAAACAUAUGAGCCUGUGGUGUUUUCUGCAGAGGGGCCUCUCUCUUCUUCGGCCCCUGCUGGCCCAUGGGAACACUCCUUUUACACUUCAUUUAGAUACAUGUCAAACAUCUUACACUUUCGGGGCCGCAGAAGCACACUCACCAGAUACAUCCCCGGCCACACUCUGCCUCAGGUUCAGAGUGUGGCGCCUCCAUCCGCAUUUGGGGUCAAGUUUCAUAAGUGCGCACAGGCAAAGCUUGACACCGAUCCUCCUCAGCUGACAUUCUUCCUGCUGAUUCACAACAUGAGCCCAGUAGGUGGCACCAACCUGUCUCAGGUGGCUAUUCGGGACUCCAUAUCUGGAAUAGUGCCCCUGAAAACUGAGGGCAAGGUUGUGGAAAGAGGUUACCAGACAUUUGCCAUCGAUUCACUGGCUGCUGGAUCCCAAAUUGUUGUCAAUUAUACUGCACACAUAAGGAGUCAUAAGAGCGAAGUCUUGAACCUUCCAGCUUUUCUCACCUUCUCUAACGCCUCACAGAAUGAUGUCAGCAUGUUUGGCCCAUUAACAGCUAAUCUAACACUGAGGGUGAAUUCAACUGAUAGGAUUUAUCCUAACCAUGGUGUCCAUUUUGCUGGAUUUGUUGGUGGGUUCUUUGUAAGUUUGAUGCUGUUGUCACUGGGGUUUCUGGCCAUGAACCUGAUAGGUCUCAGAACCAGACUGAGCCUUCUUCAGCAAAUGAGAAACAGAGGUGAUUCAGACCCAGAGUAUGCAGACUGCAACAUGAGCGAGACCGUCAAAGACGAGGCAACAUUUGAAGACAAGAUGGUGGACAUCAUGGUGCUGGAGGAUCCGCAAAACAUGUACCAGGCUUUGGAGAACCUUGAAAUGUCUACACUGCUGCGUGCCACCAAUAACCUGGAGGCUACCCGGAUUCAGAUCUACAAGGACGUGAUGUCGUCCUUGUUGGGUGGCCUGCGGUCUCGGGGCCAGGCCAGUGCUCAGGCCCAACAGAGGCUGCUCAGCGUGCUCCACGGACAGCUGCUGGGCAUGGAGGGUCGGCUGAAGGAGGAGCGAGGGGCCCGCAUGGCUGCCCUUGCUGGCCAGUGUAACCUGGAGACUCGGGAAGAGAUGGAAGCAGAGCACUGCAGGGAAGCUGCUGAGAAAGCCCAAGCGGAGCUGCUGUGUCAACAUGCAGAUCAACAGGAGCUCCUCCAGUGCAGUGUCCUCCUGGAGAAGCUGCACAAGCUGAGCCAGAGUCAGCUCCAGCGCAUCCUGUUGGUCCGACAUGAAGAGGCCUCAGCCAAGGUCCAAAGGCAGAUCAUUGAGUGGCGCCGGGUUGAACUCCACAAGAUCUUCUCUGAGGAACUGGAGGAGGCCACAAGGAUGGGCGAGUUGGAGAAGAGCACAGCUAAGAGUCUUCAGCACAAUUACUUUGCCUGUCAGGAUCAGCUAGAAGAGGUGCUGGAUGUGGUCCUUGCCAAUCAGCGCUAUGUGCUGGCUGAACGCCAUGCACAGAGGAAGUUCCUGGUGCACAGCCUCCACAGCCUUAAUAGCCUGAUUUCUGACACCUUCUCCAGCACCUCCAGCAAUUUGGACAGCUGGUUCACUCACAUCAGAAGAGGGAGCACAGUGUCUGCUGAGCAGAUAGACCAGCUGCAGGAGAAAGCCCAGAAAGAGCUGGUGAUAGUGAGGCAGAGACUGGACGAGGCACUGAGCCAAGAGAGGAGAGCCAUGCGCUGUGGACUGAUUAAGAAAAGAAGAGAGCUCAUCUCUGAGUUGCUGAGGGUCCACAAGCAGAGACAGAAAGAUCUGUCGGACCUGUCUAAGGGUCUGGAGGAAAGGAUGGAGGUGGCCCAACACCUGCACUGUUGGCAGAACUUACUGACAGCUCACAACUUGGAGCUAGCUGAGCUCAUCAACAACCUAGAUGAAGAGGCUGCUGCUGACAUCCGCAAGAUGACCAUGCGUGUGAUCCAGGGUGCCAUAGCAGAGGUCAAAGCCAUCCAGCCUUCCGCAACCCAAACCCUGCUCACACUCUCACCUCCAGGGAUGCAACGCUCCCUGCUGCAGGUAGAACCAGAGGCAGCGUCAGGGCAGUCCCAGGGACAAGGAGCGAGCACUCUCCUGCAGGGCCAGGAGAGGUUGCACCAGGAAGGCAAGGCUGCCUUACACACCCUCAGCUGCACCAGGGAGGCUCUGCAGGAAGCCAUGGAGAGAGAGCUGCAGGAGCAGAGGCAGCUCAGGGAUCACUGCAGAGCUUUCUUCAGGUGUUUGUGCUUGUCCCAGCUGACUCUGUCUGAGGAUGACAGGCUGAGGAUGAAACUAGAGUUCCAGAAGUGUCUGUCUGUGAUGGACCGCUGCCUUGUGCUGCCUCACGCCAUCUCCAGAACUAAACUCCACACUGCUCUAGAGGCUUGGAGAAAAGACAGCGAGCAACAGAUGAUGAAACCACAAUCCAAGGGGAAAACCAGCGAGGCCAGACAGAAAACAGACACAUCUGACCUGCUCCAUUUCCAGAAAAAGCUCAAGGACAGAAUACAACUGUUUGAGAAGGAGAAGGAAAUGGAGAGUGGUGCAAUGAAAAAGGUGAUGGAGGAGAUGGGGAGGGAGAGAGAGGAUGAUCUGCGCUCUCAGGCGGACAGUUUGGCGAUGCAGAUGGCUACCAUCCACUACCAGAAGGCUGAGAGGAGAACCAAGGUCUUGGAGACCUCCAGAGCCAUGCUGACUCUGCACAGCCUGCUAAUUCAUCAACUCAGAGAGAGAAAGAGCCUUGAGAGACAAGACAUGGCCCAAAGUAUACAAAGCCACUGCUUGGGCCUAGAGGAAGCAGAACAACAGCUUCAGAAGGAGAGGACUGAUUUCGACAGCCUGGAAAUAUCUCCUCUCAGACUCAAGACAAAUCAAACACACCGAGACAACUCCGAUGAAGGAGAUGAGGGCAGUGAGGAGGAGAGACUGUUUCAGCUACGGCAGGAUUGCAGGAUGGUGUUCAUCCUCCAGGAGGCACUCUACAAGUGCAAUCAGGUCAUCACGCUGUUGGCUGAGAGGUUGCAAGAGACGACUGCCAACAGUCAAGCCACAGAAUAUUUGAAAGAACAGAUGGAGCUCAAGAGACUGUAUGCAAACUGUGACCAGGACCUGGAGUUUGCAUCUCAGCUGGUGAAGCAGAGUCAGGUGUCUGCUGAGCUUCUCCUGGAGACCCUGCGUCUUCUCCUCCCAACCCUGCCUGAAAGUGAACUCCUUUCCAUCACUGACGCCCUCUGCCCCAAACAGCACCCUGCCUCAACGUCUGCAGAGCAGGAACACGCGGGGUGUGCCGCGGGGUCUAAUCGACUUCUUCCUGUCAAACUGAGGGAAGACGUGGUGUAUAAAAGUAUGCCAAAUAUGCCAAGCUUCUCUGUGGAAAGACAGAGACUCCAGGAAAAGAGGCAAAAUCUGAUGGAAAAACUGCUCCCCAGUUCCCAUCUCCCGGUUCCAAAAGAUGUUGCACCACUGGCGGUAGAAGAGAAAGGAAAAGAGGACAGUUUUACUAAAGCACAACCGUCUAUUUAUAAAUCAACCACGACCGAAAGCACAGUGACACAGCAGCACAGUGACACUAUAGAAGAAAGGGUCAUGGACGCAGUGAAUGAAACAUUACGCAGCUCAGCGCUCUCUGCCAGCACUGCGGUGGGCAGCCUUGCUACAGGGGAAAGGUUGUUUGUGUUUCGGGAUCCACCUGAAUCGCUCGACAGCACGUAUGCCCCCAAGAGGAAAAGGAAGAGGAACUUUCUUAAUCUGAAGAAAGGCUCAGUGGCUCCAACAAACAUACCUUGAGAUUUAAAAAAAACAUGUAAUUUUGCCAGUUUCUCUUCUGUCUCCAUAAUGAUGGUACUUUGAUGUAUGAUAGCACUAAAACCCAAAAUAAACUAAUAGCUUUGAUAUGUAGCACAAAAAAAUAGAACAUUUUCUGUACUUUCCAUGUUUUAUGUAGCAUUCAACUCUGUUUUUAAGUAAAGACAGCUGAUUUUAAACUGUUUCCAGUUAUUUCUUUGCUUAGUACUUCAAAUUGUUUAUAGGCAGUAUCAUUUGCAAGGUCCUACAGGGGUGGUAUGACCUUGACACACAGGUCAUGUUUUUGUCUUGAAUUGCCAUUUUUUAAAUGGUCAACUAAUCUACAGACUCAUAUAUUUUGAAAAGCUUACACUUUUCAAGUGAAACUCCUGUCUGUAGUAGUGUCAAGUACAUAUCUUCUAAAAAUCAGUGCCAAAGACUCUACUGUAUACAUGUUCAAAACUGUAGACACUGGGCCCCAUCUGAGGUUUUGUGGUUUCCUGUGAAGACUAUAAUUUUACACUCGAGAUACACACACUGAUGUUUUCAAAUUCAAAACUCCACCUGAGCCUAAAACAUUUUCUUGUAUCUUACUGAAACAGCAGUGCUGCAAGUCCUCCUCUUCACUGUUUGGAACAGUGUUGACUGCACACGCAGCUGGAAGCAGUCCCGAGCAGCGCCAGCAGAGUUAUCCGACAUGAGGCUGGGACUGGUGUGUUUCCUCAGCUUUGUGUGGCUGUCGGAGUGCGCGCCUCCGACCUGCUACUCUAGAGCGCUCGGCCUGAGCAAAGAAAUAAUGGAUCUGCUGGACAAAAUACACACCCUCAAUCGUACG